UUCUGGUUCGAAUGCGCAUGUUCGUGCGUCACCACAGUUGGCUAGGCUUUCAGAAGUGAAAAAACGCAACGUACAACGUCCGCCAUAUUUGUUUGAGUGUGUGUUGUGUGUUAAUUGGACUUUUCUCCAGCCAAAAGUAAUCAAAUUUGGUAUUAAGAAACAUUUUUUAGAUGAAUACUUUUGAGGGAUUAAUGUUUUACUCUUCAAGGACACUCACAUGAUUUUGACAGAGGCCACGAUGAAUCCUGAAGAGAUCAAGGCGGAGUACACCUCCAGCCUCCAAGAUCUCACGUUCAACAGUAAACCACUAAUCAAUGUGUUGACGAUGUUAGCGGAAGAAAAUCUAGCUCACGCUCCAUACAUCGUUCAGGCAAUUGAAGAGCAUCUGGAAAAGGUUCAGACCAAUGUCAAACUUCCUAUUCUGUAUCUCAUCGACUGUAUCGCCAAGAACAUUGGACAAACUUAUAUGCAACUCUUCAGCCAAAAUAUUGUCAAGACAUUCUGCAGCGUUUUUAAAGUGGUGGACGAAGAAACGCGUGCUGAAAUGUUUAAACUUCGUCAAACAUGGAACAACGUCUUUCCUCAAAUGAAACUAUACGCGAUCGAUGUCCAGAUUCGGAUGUUAGAUCCGGCAUGGCCAGUUACAGCCCAACCCACUUCCAACAGUAUUCAUUUCAAUCCCAAAUUUCUUAAAACAACCAAAACUGAAAUUGCUACACCUAUCGUCCCCGAAACAACAACCACUCCUCUGGAUAUGGAAACCUUCACGAUGCAACAAAAACUAAUCCAGAAACAAAAAGAACUCAUCGAACUUCAACAGAAAAAAUUGAAAUUAGAGCUUUUACAAACACAAGUUAAACUCCAAAAGCAAUUGGAAAACAAUCCAAAUGCUGUUGUUGGCAAUAAUGUACCACCAAGAACUCAGAAUAUUUUAUUAAAACCUGAGGUAGCAAAACAACUAAUGCCAGAAGUGACGAAGCAAUUAAUUCCGGGCGCAACACGUGAUGUUAAAAGCAAGUCAGGUUUGGGUCUCGGUACGAAAGCACAGCAAACAACGCCUAAAAUCACACCAGUAAACAGCGCUUUAGUGGCUACAGCAACAAAACCAACUCGUGAUCCUCGCUUAUUACGUCAACAAACGGAGAAGACUACCAACGGCACCAACAGCAGUAGUAGUACUAGUGUUUCAUUAGGAUCUAAGAGUUCAGUAUUAGAUUCUAAUAAUAAAGUUGUUACAAAUACAAAGAGCGUUCGAGACAACCGUAUCGAACCUCGUUUAAUUAAUAAUAAAGACAAUGCUCCUCCAUCCAAACUAGACAAAUCCAAAACCUUCCUAAAAUCCAGACAAUCCGAACAAAAACCAAUCAAACCACGUAGCAAAAACAGUGCAGACAACGACUCGAAACCUUUCUCGGGUAAAAGUUCAAUAAAUCUGUUAGAUUCGCCAGUUAAGAUUAAAAGUGAAUUGAAAUCACCGACCAAAUCACCAAAUAGGCAUAAAAAGAAAGAUCAUAGUAUGGACAAAAAGGGUUUCAAGCGUGAUAGGGACAACAAGGGUCACAAAAAUGACGCGUUGCCGACAACUUUCAAAGGUGUUAAGGCCAAAAAUAGGAAUUAUAUUAGAAGAAACCGUUCGCCAUCGUAUAGUCCCGAACCGAAUCAAGAUAUCGACUUGAGAGUAUCAGGACCUCCGGAAAAACAACCACGGCUACACCCAGAAACUGCCGAAGAAAAAAGCAAAUUAGCCGCUCAAACGGGAAUGGACGUGGACUUGAGACAGUUAAACGACGCGCCAAAGAAGAGAGCAUCAAAUGAAAGUUUGGAGAAUACUUCAGUCAAAAAAUCAAAAACGGAAGUAUUUGAUGCUUUGUUCGGAAAUGAAGAUACGGAUCUUCGCACUGUUCUACCUGUGGCACAACCAGAACGUCCCCCGACUCCUCCGCCGCCAAUCAUCUCUCUCACGGAUAAAGAGAAAGAUUCUCCAAAGAAAUCUUCAGAUUUUGAUGCUGUACGAGCGAAACUUGCCAAUGCUACUGGGCGCGACAAAAUAAUGGCCAAGUCCUUCCGAAAGAAGCGGACUCAAGACGAAGAUCUUCGAGUACCACCGGUGUCACCUAGAAUCAGUGACAUCAAGAAAAUCAUCAUUUCUUCAGACGACGAGCAAUGCAUCAAAGCUGGAACAAUGACGAAGGAGCAAGAAAAGCAACUAAUGAACAAGAUUAUCGCACAAAUCGAGCAACAAAAACUGCAAGAAGCACAAAUGAGGGACAGUGAAGAGUCAGUUGGAAACCUUCAACCAGUCAGUGACGAAGAACUCGAAUUUAAUGAAGAGACUGAUGGAAAAUUCGGGGACAAGGAUGAUAGAGUCAAUUUCCAUAAAUUUUCCAGGGAUUCCAGGGAGUCUAGAAGGGGUGGGUCGUAUUGGAGGGGUGGCAAAAGACGUCAUUGGGAGAAUCCUCACGUGGGACCACAUCCUAGGCCGGCAAUAAGACCUUGGUUGCAUCAAAUGAACGCUUGGAGGCCCAUGGGACCCACUUUUAAUCGCCAAGUGCACACUCCCGAAUACAGCGAAUUUUCAAAUCAAGAGGUUGAUGGAAAGAAAUCACCGGAAGCUCCAGCAGAAGUAACUGUGGAUUCAGUAAAUCAGGACGAUAUUAAAACCAUCAAUAUCGAUGCAAUGCCGCGUGAUAUAAGAUAUUACGACGAGACCGCAAUCGUAUUUAUGAAUUGGGAUGAUCCCCGAGAGAUUUCGUUCCAAAACGGAAGUCGUCGUGUUACAUUCGACGAUAAAGAUAUUUAUUUAUUAUCCUUCAAUGAAGGAUAUAAAGAGCUUUGUAUCAACGAGACGAUACAUAAAGUAAGAUUGGGGGCCCCCAGUCGUGAGAUCUUCAUCGAUGGGAAACCCUACGAGUGUUACUUCGGGGGUCCCGGAAUAACGAUAGACCUAAACGGGAAAAUGACUGUGGUGAAAUUAGACGGCCCCCCACCUCAGGUGAAAAUCGGCACCGUCAAAAGAACGGAUCUGGUUGCCGGCAAAGUAAAUCUGAUAAUCGAUGCGAAAAUCUUAGUUCCCGUUUUUCUGGAUGCCAAAGUGCAGAAGUUUGUUAUUGAUGGUGAAACACAUACAUUAAAAUUUGUAGAUGCUUUGAAAACUGUUUUAAUAAAUGAUGUUCCAUUUAAAGUUGAAUUUGGUGGCCUCCCUAAACCUAUAACUGUCCAUGAUAAGAAACACUUUAUCAGAUUUUCAGUGUUGCCGAGGGGUGUUAAACCAGGUCUUGUGUGUAUUAAAGACAUGGAAGGUGUGCAACCGGCUGAGACUGACGAAAGUCAGGACAACUCAGCCUUUGCUGUUGACAUUAACGAGCCUGCUCUGCCCGUCUUCUUCCGCAAGAAAAAGGUGGAAGAUGAGCAAGACAGGAACUCGAAUUCGCCACAUUUCUUCCAGAGUUUCAUGCAGCAAAACAACUUGGACGUGCUUUCAAGUGUAAUGACUUCCUCGAUGACACCAAGUGCCACUAGUGGAGGAUACCAAGUUGAAAAUCUGGGACAGAACAUGGACACUCAGAAUAGCCAUUCUAUGGAUACCAUCCCUUAUGUGAAUCCAGUUCCGGUACUACCAUCCUCGGUCAACAUCAACGAACUGUUCCAGAAGUUGGUAGCUACUGGAAUUGUCGCUACCAAAGAACCAGUACCAGAACCACAACCUCAACCACCACCAAUCGUUAAAACUGUGAGACGCAGUACGAUCGAAAACCUCAGGCCAGUUACUUUCACUAGACCUGAAACGUUGAAAAUACGCCAAAAUCUUCUCUAUGAAGCACUUUACUCAGGGAUGCAGUGCAGCAGUUGCGGCAUGCGUUUCCCUCCAGAACAAAGUAUACACUACAGCCAGCACUUGGAUUGGCAUUUCCGACAAAACAGAAAAGGUAAAAAGAACAUCAGAGUUGCCGCGAGUCGCAAAUGGUACUACUCACUUUCCGACUGGAAGAAUUACGAAGAAAUUGAAGAUUUGGAAGAAAGAGAGAAGAACUAUUUCGACCAACAACAGUUACAAGCUGAGGGUGCAGGUGAUGAUGUUGAUGAAGAAGUGGAAGUGCCGAGUGUUCCUGCCGAUCCUGAUGUUCAAGAUGCCCAUUGUGAAGUGUGCCAAGACAGAUUCGACCAUUUCUUCAAUGAAGAGAAAGAAGAAUGGCAUUUAAGAAAUGCGGUCAGAGUUGAAGAUAAAACGUAUCAUCCUGUUUGUUAUGAGGAUUAUCAAGCGUCGUUGUUAGAACCGGUUGAAGAAACUAAAAUUGAAGAACCGGAGCCGGAAGAAACUAAAGAAAAAAUUGAAGAAGCGAAUAUACCCGGACUUGAAAUAAUUUUGGAUGAUGAUGAUGAGGAGGAGGAAGAAGAGAAAUAUAAAGAGGAUGAAGAAGUUAUAAUUGAAGAAAGUGACGAGUCGAAGCCAUCAAACGAAGAAAUUAAAGAAGAAAACGAAAAUCAGGAAGAAGAUGGUGAGGACGAUGACGUAAUUAUUCAUGAAGUCGUACCUGAGAAAAUUGAAGUGGACGAUGAUAAAGAAUAUGCCGAUAGUUUACCUUCCGAUACUCCUAUCAAAGUGGAGCAAAUUGAUGACGGUUUUAUGGACGUCGAAGAAGGCCUAAUUAAAAUUAAAAAUGGAGGACAAAUUAAAAUAAAAAGUGAACCAAUCGAUCCCGAUGAAAUGUUAGAGGCACCCCGAGAAGAGUCAACCGUGUCCUUUACAGAGCCGGUUCAGCCCACUUUUAUAAGUUCGAUCGAUGGUAAUACCGAACCCGUUUCGAGCGUUCCAACAUCGACAGCAAAUAUCGGAAGUAAAAUUAAAAUAAAUAUAAGUAAACCUUUACCUGUGAUCGCCCCAAAAGAGCCGAAAGAUAUUCCGUGUGAUAGCGUGCCUAGUUUAGAACCGGUUAUAGAUCCAUCACAACCUCUACCACCAGGAGAAGAACCAGUCCAAUUAAAUAUCAAACCUGCUCUGAGAGGCAUAGAACUGAAGAAAUUACCGCCAGUGCAAAAAGGAAGUGAACUGACUGGAAUGUGUAGUAUAAUGUGAUUAAUUUAAAUAGUGCUGAGUGAGUGUGUGUAUAUAUUGUGGUGAUGUAGACUAAAAGGGGGACUAUUUAUAUAAAAACUUGUUUCAUUUUAUCAUUUGCACUAAAAUGGAUUUUUGUAGGAUUUAUUUUGAAAUCACUCUGUACCUAUUAUUCGUAUCAUGAUAGUUUUUGACAUUUAAAAAGUGUUAAGCCAUUUUAUGUCUGUUGUUGUCAUUAAUUUUUUGAAAAUAAAAUUUAUUUUUUAAAAAUCGUGUAUUCCAAUAACGGUUUCUUAUACAUAUUAAUUUUAAUAAAGGACGAGCACAUGGUAUUAAUUUAAAUGUAUGACUACUUAAAUAAAUGUUAGUUUCAGCUUCAA